AUGGGCGUCACGGUCGUCACCGCGGCCUUCGGGUCCGUCCCGCGCGUCGGUAUCGCCGGUGUGGACGCGCGAACCCGACGAAGAGGUCCCCGAGGAGUCGCCCGCGUCGCGCCCUUCCCCUUCCCGACACAUCGAAACCGUCGAGAGGCAUCGUCGUCGUCGUCAUCGUCGUCUCCGCGGGCGACACGCGCGCCGCCCGCGUGCUCCGCCGGCCCGCGUCCUCCCGGGUCCGACGCGCGUCCCGGAUGGAGGGUCGCGCUCACGACCAUGCCCGCGACGCGCCCGACCCUCGGCGUAUCGUUCUGGCCGGACUUCGCCUACGACGCGAGUGGCGCCACCACGCUCGGGGUGGUGACGGAUAAAAAAGGCCCCGUGCUUCACCUCGACUUCGACGUGUCGACGUUCGAGGGACCGCCGGUGUGCGGCCGAACAACCACCGUGCUCGGCGUUCCCUUGCCCCCCGGGAUCCGGAUCGACAUCGUCCCGAUAUCGCUCCGGGGCUUCCUGGACACGUCCACCGGGGAGUGCCGGCUGGACUUCGAUGCGCGGUUCAAAGGGUCCAUUUUCGGAGAAGGGUUCAUCGCGCUCCCGCCGAUGACAGUGAGGAGCCCGCUGACGACGGACGCGACGCGGGGCGCGCGCAGGAGCGCGACGGGGUCCCGUUUCGGCACCGUGCCCCCGCCGAAGCAGGAGGCUGGAGGGAGCCCGGCGAGGGGAGGAGUGACAAUGAACAGCGUGGCGCUCGACGUGUGCGCGGGGGGUAAGGCUGGGGACCUCGCCGAGCUCGUCGCCGUGGCGUCGGUGCCGAGGGUGACCGGGCCGUGGGACUGGCUCAUGAACGCGCUGCUCCAGCUCCCCGCGGACGCCCUCGCGGUGUUGCCGUGCAGGCUGCGGACGUGGGACCCGAGCGAGCCGUUAAACGCGGCUGGGGAGAACGCGUCGAAUGCGUCGGAUGCGGAGCGGUUGGUGGUUCGGGCUCUGGACGACAGGUUCGAGAUACACGCGCACCGGCGGCGGACCAGGCCGACGGUGACGGGGGAGCAGACGACGAUGGCGAUGCUCACGUUCGGAGCGGCGACGUUCGUGGAGGAGUCGCACCAGCUCGUGCUGUGA